GGAUUGAACCCGGAAAUUGUAGACGAUGUCUGUGUCUUGACAUGUUCUGUUACAAGUUUGGGAAGUCCAUCUCUGUGGUUCCGACUCUGUGUGCUGGAUGGAUCCGGAGGGGGAUGCUACCUUCCUGGAGCCCGACCACAGCGCACAGCGUCACGCGGCAGAUGACCACAGGGAAGUUGGUCCGGAUCGGAGACACCAGGAAGCCUGUGAUCUGCGUUGAAGGGAAUAUCGCCAGCGGGAAAACCACGUGUUUGGAAUAUUUCAGCAAAACCAGCAACAUAGAGGUCCUUCCUGAACCAGUGUUUCUAUGGAGGAACGUCAGGGGACACAACCCUUUGGGUCUUAUGUACCAGGACCCAGAGAGGUGGGGCAUCACUCUGCAGACCUACGUUCAGCUCACCAUGCUGGAUCGUCACAUGGCACCUGUUUCUGCUCCGGUCAAGAUGAUGGAGAGGUCCAUCUACAGCGCCAAGUACAUGUUUGUGGAGAACCUCUUCAGAAGUGGCAAGAUGCCAGAGGUGGACUACGCUGUUCUGACCGAGUGGUUCAACUGGAUCACAACUAACAUUUCCAUCCCAGUUGACCUGAUCGUUUACCUGCAGACGUCUCCGACCACCUGCCAUGAGCGGUUGAAGCAGAGAUGCAGGGAGGAGGAGAAAGUCAUCCCCCUGGAGUAUCUGGAGUCCAUCCAUCAGCUGUAUGACGACUGGCUGGUUAAUGGCUCCUCGUCUCCUCGUCCUGCUCCUGUCCUGGUGAUUCCUGCUGACCAUGACCUGCCGAGGAUGCUGCAGCAGUACGAGGAACACCGGGAGAAGAUCCUGACCUCCUGGAUAUGAUGUUUACAGAGGAGCAGACGUUUGCUUUUUUUAUUUAGUUUUGUCUGUAUUCUGAGUGCUCUGUGAUCCACAGGUCAGCCUGCAGCUGUUCAGUCAGUAAUGUCUCAUUCCAGCUUCAGAUGAAACAUUCCAGCUUUAAACCAGAAUCCUCUCACACAACACACCAUGUUCACCUCUACCUGUAAAUACUCAUGUUUGGAGUCAGUCAGGAGGAAUUAAUGAUGAAAUGUAGGACUGAUUUUUACCAUCAAGUUGUCUCAUUAACUUUUAGACAUGCUCUCUUUAAAGAGUUCUGAGAAAGAUCCAGUUUGAGUUACAGAGUGACUUUUUUUUCCUGUUUCUAAAGUAGAAUAUGUUUAUUUUUAAUUAUUUAUUAAUGUUGGCACCUAAUGUGAGCAUGUGAGUGGUGUAAUGGCGGAGCAGUCAUCCUUAACGGGAGAUUUGGUGCUUCCUGAAGAUCCUGAAAGUCACAUUAUGUUGUGAAUUUGUAUGAAGAAACUGUUUAAAUAAAGCCAGAUGAAAACAGAA